AUGGACCUCGCCAACGGCACCGCCUCGCCCGUCUCGGUGGGCGAAGGCUUCGUCGAGACCGCGGCCUGGACAUCCCAGACCGAACCAUCCGCCAACGACGUCGUCGAAAAGGAAAAGCUCAUCAGGGAGAUCAUCGCGAUGCAGGAUGGCCUGCGUGGACUCCUCACCCGCGUCACCUCGGUCAAGGACGACUGCACAAAGGCAGAGGCCGACAACGAGAUGCUCCAGACCUACAUCGACAGCGUCACAAAGAGCCUCGCCGCAAAGGAGCGCGGGUGA